UUUUUAUACCAAUAAUUCAAUUAAAAUUGAAAAAUGGAGGCAAAUACCUUCGAUGUUUUAUACGAUACCUUGCUGGGGUACAUUGUUGAAGGGAUGAAAUACUCCUUCGCACUGUCUGUGCUGGUAGGGUUGUAUCUCCUAUAUCGCUUUUUCUUCAUUCCGUACAUGAUAAAGAGACAUUACAUGAAGCACUCAGUCACUUGUAGCCCUAGAGAUGAGUCUUAUAACCAAUUUAGAAGGAGCACAAACAAACAUGUAGAGAGAUGUAAAGAUUUUAAGCUAUAUUUUCAAAAGACUUGGCAUCAUUUAGAGCUGUGCUCCAUUAAGUCAAUCGAGGAGUUCCAAAAGAAGGUGCCAGAGGAUUUUGACCGCAGCGACCACUUUGCCAGCUAUAGCUACCAAGCUAUACAAGAUGCAAUGUGCUUUAAAACGAAGGAUGAUGAGUCAAAGCCCAAAAUGUACCAUCUUUCUAAAUGUCUCGGAGUAUCAUUCUUCUUAUCAAAAAUGCCACUGAUAGCAUCCCUGAUCCUCCGGAGAGUGAAUACAAUCAGAAGAGACGAAUUGGUAGAUUUCUUGAAAUACUCCCAAAUGAUCACACUUGAAAUCAUGUGCCAUAUGCUAUUCGGUGAAGAUUUUCAGGAGAAGAUAAACUAUGCCCACUACAGACAUGCAGAUGGAUAUGUAGAGACUUGUAGUUAUUUUACGCUAUUUCCAAGGAUUUUAGAAGAUUCUGAAGCUCAGAGAGAUGAUAUCAAAGCCCAUAUGUUUCAAUUCUUAUCUAAAAACUACGCUAUCGACCCAUUCAAGAGGAAUAUGUACAAUAUUACUGAGAUGAUGAGGAUCUUAACAGAUUUUACGAAUAUUUCUACUGAUAAAAACUCCAUGUACAAGAUAUUAUCAAAUUCUGAAGAUUAUUCUCAAUACGAAGCCUUUGUGGAAUGUGUUUCAUUCUUGUUCGCUUCUGCUGAGACACUCCCACACGCGAUGUGCUCUAUCCUGUAUCAGGUUAGGAAGAGCGAGCAGAUCUAUCUGAAACUCAAGCAAGAUCUCAGACAUUUGGAAGAUAAUUUCAAACAAGUUGAUGCAGAACAUUUAAAAGAGCAACUUGACAGCUGAGAUCUUUUAACUUAUGUCAUCAAAGAAGGAUUAAGAAUUGAUCCUCCUAUGGCUCAGAGCAACCUCUACAAAGCCGUAGAGGGUUCUGCUGAGAUCUGUGAUGUCCCAAUCCGCAAGGACACUCUUGUAUCAGUCAACAUUCUUGCAGCUCAUAUGGAUCCUGAUGAAUGGGAAAAUCCUUCUGAGUUCAACCCAGAAAGAUUCAACCCAUUAUCGAAGGAUUUUAUGAGACCUGAUGAAAAGAAGGGUCAGAGGAGUAAUUACUCCUUUAUUCCUUUCUCUGUUGGAAAAAGAAGUUGUUUGGGUCAGUCUUUAUCUCUGAAUCUUCUUAAGAUCUUUGUUGGUCAGAUUCUAGCCAGUUAUGGCUACUCUUUGGAAGGAUCUCAGGAAGGGCAAAGCCACAUGUCUUUCUGAAGAAUGUCGAAAAAUAUUCUCAAGUUGAAAAUCCAUAAAGGAGAUUAUUAAAUCAAUAUUAGCA